AUGCAAAAUUCUGAUAGUAUUGUUUCACUCCAGGAUAAGCAGAAGUAUCAUCUUCUGGAAAUGCAAGAUUCUGAGAGUAGAGUUUCACUUUCAAAUGAGCAGAAGAAGCAGGUUCAGCUUUUGCUCAACGAGUUAGAAGGACAGCGAAAGCGGAGGAAAAAUAUGUCUCGUUGCCGAAAAAGCGUUAUUUAUUCCUACAAAUUCUGUCGUUGCUUGUGCGUCUACAGAUGUCUCUGGUUAUUUCUGAUCAUGCUCGUAUGCUUUUUGAUAUUUCUAUAUUACAAUCGGGAUAAUAUUGGUAGAGCAUGGGACGUGUAUACAGCUGUCACAAAGCCACGUAAUUAAGCUACGCUAUGAAGGA